AUGACGAUGCUGAUGGGCAGGCUGACCGGCGUAGCGCUGGAGCUGGCUCUCGCCGCCCUGCUCGUGCUCUUCCUCCCGCCCUACUACGUCUACAGGCUCACCGCCUCCUUCCUCGGCUCCGUCUUCCCCGACAGCGUCUCCGGCAAGGUCGUCCUCAUCACCGGCGCCUCCUCUGGCAUAGGCGAGCACCUGGCGUAUGAGUACGCGAAGAGAGGAGCCAACCUGGCGCUCGUGGCGAGAAGGGAGGCGAGCCUCAGGGAGGUCGCCGACAACGCGUCGGCGCUCGGCUCGCCGAGCGUCCUUGUCUUGCCGGCUGACGUCUCCAAGCCUGACGACUGCCGAAAGUUCAUCGACGACACGGUUGCCUACUUUGGAAGAUUGGACCACUUGGUGAACAACGCGUCGAUUUGGCAGGUCUGCAAGUUCGAAGAGGUGGAGGACGUUAACUACUUCAGAACAUUGAUGGACAUCAACUUCUGGGGCCAUGUGUACCCAACUCGCUAUGCCAUUCCUCACCUGAAGAAAACCCAUGGCCGGAUCGUCGGUGUCACCUCCAACUCCUCCUACAUAUUCAUCGGAAGGAACACCUUCUACAAUGCGAGCAAAGCAGCGGCGCUAAAUUUUUACGACACGCUUCGGAUGGAGCUCGGCGGGGAAGUCCGCAUUACAGAGAUCGUCCCAGGGGUGGUCGAGUCGGAGAUCACAAAGGGGAAGAUGCUCACCAAGGAAGGCGAGAUGAAAGUUUGA